AACACAAUAUCAACAACGAUUAUAAUUCCACAUCUGUCAGUUCAAAAUGGCAGCAUUUCUACGUGGAAAGCAAGCGGGUAUACAAAAUGAUUUAUCUGCUGGUAUAUUGCCAGGUCUAUUUGCGCCUGAUGAUCUAGAUCGUUUCGGCAUCAAUUCUCAAAUAGGUUCUCUCGCGUUCGAUCCAGUCCAAUCUCUACUUGCAGUGGGAACGAACGAGACGACAUUCGGAAGUGGACAAAUUUAUAUCUUUGGUCAGAAGAGAGUCCAAGUAAAGCUUACAUUACCCCGCCGGGCAUCAGUCAAAACUUUACAAUUCUGCGCCGAUAGACUCAUCAGUGUAGAUUCCAAAAACGAAGUGAUAGUAUGGGAUUUGGCAAAGGCAAAGAAGUUGGCGGCUUACUCUCCGCCAGGAGUAGUGACAACCAUUGUGACGGAUCCUAUGCUGGAUUGGUGCUUGAUCGGACUACAAACUGGAGAUAUUAUCUGCUACGACCUGGAUAGAGAGAAGCUUGCGCCAUUACGUCUUCCCAACUUUUGGCGUGAAAUGAACCCACGAUCGAGGUUAUUAAGUUGUGUGUCUUUACAACUACACCCCAGAGAUAUUGGACAGCUAUUGAUAGGAUACACAGAAGGAGCUGUGAUAUACUCUUUCAAACAAAACAAACCCAUAAAAUAUUUUAAAUACGAAGUACCAGCUGGAGCCCCCGGUGGGAAUGGAGAUUUUAUGGGAAAGAGUACGCCGAGACAACCACGUCUCACGCAAGCUCUUUGGCAUCCAACUGGAACAUUCAUUGCUACAGCGCAUGAUGAUGCAAGCAUUGUAUUUUGGGAUCCUAAAGACGGUCGGAUUAUAAUGGCUCGAACCCUACAAGAUACACAUGUAAAUGUACCUGGUUCUCAACCCCAAGGAUCCGGUGAUACCUUUUCGUUGAAGGGAGAUUUUGCAAAAAUAGCUUGGUGCUGCAAAGGGAACCCCGAUGAUACUGGUCUACUCAUAGCUGGUGGAAUCCCCACCACCAUGCCUCAAAAAGGAUUGACAUUUAUGGAGUUGGGAGUAACUCCUGUUUAUGCAACCUCCACUUGGCAAAUUCUGACUGAUCACUUUGAUGGAAAACGUUCAAAUUUCCUACCAAUUCCUGUUGACGUGGAUAUAGCAGAUUUCUGUCUUAUUCCUCGUACUUCUCCACAUUUUGCCGGUGCUCAAGACCCUAUUGCCGUUAUAGCACUUCUGACAUCUGGUGAGCUAGUUACAUUAAGUUUCCCUAGUGGUCAUCCUAUUUCACCAACCAAUCAACUUCACCCUUCUCUUACAUUUGUUCAUCCUUUCGUCACUUUCGUGGCUGUAUCUGCCGUUGAUCGUGGGCGAUGGCUCGGCAUGACAGAAACUCGAGCUAUAGGCCCUCAACUUCUGAAAGGAGGGGCCGAGGGCGUGAAGCAUUUGAGGAGAUAUGAAGCUCGUAAUAUCAUUCAGACGGCUCACGGUGAUGGUACAGUCCGAAUUUGGGACGCUGGUCAUGGGGAUGAAUUAGAAAACUCCGGUAUGCUACAAGUCGAUGUGGCUAGAGCUGUUGCGGGUGCUGAAUUUGUCAACAUCUCUGCUGUCAAUAUGGCUUCAAGUACUGGGGAGCUGUGUGUUGGAACAGCAGCCGGUGAAGUCGUGGUGUAUAGGUGGGGUGGCAAUCGAGCCUAUGGUAGCGAGCAACCGACAAACGAGAGGCAACCAGGAGGUAUCACGGAUAUUUCAGUUCGUGCAGAACCAUCUCUCAAGGAAGGUCUACAACCAUUUAUCCUUUAUGACAUGGCACAUGGACCCAUAAGUGCAAUCCGUACGUCAGAUGUGGGAUUUGUGGGAGUUGGGUCUGAAGGUGGAAUCUUUUCAAUCAUCGAUCUCCGAGGGCCAUCGGUCAUCUUCACCACUGCGAUGAGUGACUUCGUCAAGCAAGAUAAAAGAAGCAGUUUCAUGAGAAAGGGGAGUAGCCAAACUACAGCCAAACCGGAGUGGCCCGUAUGUAUUGAAUUUGGAGUCAUGACACUAGAUGAUGAUAAAUACUCUAGCAUUGCUUGUUUCGUGGGAACGAACAAUGGUAAGGUCGCCACAUUCAAGAUCUUACCACAACAAAAUGGUGGAUAUACAGCUCAGUUAGCAGGAGUGACCUCUUGCUCCGAUAAAGUAAUUUCAAUUACACCCAUUGUAGCUGAAACAGGAAAGCCUGCAUCAGCAACAGGUCCUAUCGUAGCUGCACUUCGAAAUGGACAGCAAACACACGGUGCCCUUGUAGUUGUUACCCAAACGGAAGCCCGCAUAUUCAAACCCUCCAGUGCCAAAGGUGCUCACAAAACCUUUGAUGAUGUCUUUUGUGAUUCCGCUGCCGUAACCGAAUUCGAACUUCAUGGUUUCGCUCUCGUCGGAGUUUUUGGUGAUGGAACAGCUCGCGCUUACUCGCUUCCAGCACUCAAAGAAAUUGGCUCAUCGAAAUUGGACAUGCUGGACAAAACCCGUUCGUCGAAUAGUGUCGUUACACCUGCUGGGGAUAUUAUUGGUUGGACUGGUCCUAGUGAGAUAGCAAUGGUUAAUGUCUGGGGAACCGGACUUCUACUUGGAAGAAGUCAAGAUAAAUUGUUCAAUCCCGAAGCAUUAAUUCCUCCCCGUCCUACCAUCUCAAAUCUUCAAUGGAUAUCCGGAACUCAAUACGUCUCUCCUACCGACCUCGAUAUCUUAAUCGGUGGUCCUGGUCGUCCACCUAGUAAACGCAUGCUUGCCGCUUCAGCUGAAGAGGAACGAUUAGCUCGGAGUGUUGGAGGUGGAGCUGGACCUAGUGGGAGUCAAGAGGGGUGGGGCGAUUACAUGACUAGACAACUCAAUGAGAGGACGGAGAAACUCAAUAUCAUGGGAGAUAAUUUAGAUAAGGUACAAGAGAAUAGUGCGGGGUGGGCGGAUGACGUUAGUAAGUAUGUCAACAAACAGAAGAGGAAUAUGUUGUUGGGUGGAAUUACUGGGAAAUGGUUUUAACGGGCAGUGAAAUGGACGGCACGGGCAGAUGGUCGUAUUGAAUGGGCGUUCUUGGGAUUUAGUGGAUACCUGGCUUUGGGAUACUUCGAGGAUACUGAAAAAGAAUACAUGAUUCUGAAGUAGGGAGCGUACGAAGGAUGGGCGUUAGACUAGCAAGUUUAACUUCAUGAAAUACAUGACAUCACCGUUCAAUGAAAUGGUAUUACAUUUUGAUGUAUGAAUCCAAAACUUAUGCAGUUCUCAAUGUUGUGAAUGUAUUGAUAUUUGAUCUGGGUUAGAAGAUUAUUGGAUA